AUGUCAACCAUCGCCUGCAAACUGGAGCCUACUCCAAUGAACUACCAGAACAUCCACUGCGGACUUCUCUCGAAACAGCCGCCGACUACCUCCGCUUUCGGCAAGCCUCCGCCGCUCAUCGCGGGUCGCCCGCCGGCGGAGCUAAGCUUGCCUCCUCCAAUGUUGCCUCUGCCUCCCCCUCUCUCCCCCGGCGAGCCUUACCCGUACUUCUACACCUCGUACCGAAGCCCCUACGACCCCCACACCCCUUGCUCUCCCUGCUCCCCCACGGACUUCGAUCUGCUACCGGAUCUGGGCCCCGAUCUCAACCCGGACGAGGUUUUCGGAGGAUUACCGCCGAUGGCCAUGCAGGACGUCAAGCUCUUCGACGGCUGUUUCGACUUUGGGAACCUCGACUUAGAUUCGGAUGGCGCCACUUCAGGCAGCGACUGCCUCACGCCGCUAACCCCCGACGAUCACCUGCAGUUCAUCAUGCCAGCCCCGCCGCCCAUCGGAGCCGAGACCGAGAUCGAGGUGAAGACGCUGCCACCUCCGCGGAAACCGAGGACCACCAGAAAGGCUGCAAACUCCAACAAUCCGCCGAAACAAACCCGACCGCGCAAGCGGAGCACCGCACGCGACGCGACGGAGGUGAGCUCGCUGGUGAAGCACUGCAAAAUUGCCGGGAAGGACGGUGAGGACUCCGAGCAGCCCUCUUCCACUGAGCCUGUGGCCACGGAGGUGGACGGUUCCAAGAUCUACUACUGCUCCUAUCCUUCCUGCGAGAAGGCCUACUCCAAGAGCUCCCACCUGAAAGCACACCUCCGAAGGCACACUGGAGAGAGGCCCUUUGCCUGCAACUGGCCCGGGUGUGACUGGAGGUUCUCUCGUUCGGACGAGUUGGCUCGACACGAACGAAAACACACUGGAGUCAAACCGUUUGGCUGCACCAUCUGCGGGAAGAAGUUCACCCGCUCCGACCACCUCUCAAAGCACGUCAAGAUCCACCUUCGACCGAGGAAACCACGUGGCGGUGGUCGAUCAAGGUCGCGGCGAAUCAGCUCUGUCUCAAGCGUCGAGGACCAAGUCUCUCCUCUCUCGUCCCCAUUUUCUACCUCUGACACCAGUCAGUAG